AUGGCCGUGCCUCUCUCGGUAAUAAUUGUCGGCUCAGGCGUUUUCGGUCUCUCGACGGCAUAUGCCAUGAGCCACGAUGCCAAAUUUGCCGAUUCAAAGAUAAUACUCGUGGAUAGAUGGAAUUUCGAACCCAACUCUGGCAAUAAUUCUGUCCAGAACCCCGGCGCAGCAAACGCCGACACCUCUCGCGUGAUCCGCCGUGACUAUCCCCAUGGUCCCUACGCUUGCCUCGCCCGUGAGGCGAUGAAGCACUGGAGGGCCGACUUUGGACAAGAUAAGAGAUAUGUUGAGCAACGGCUAUUGUUCUCCGGAGAAGGUAGUUCUCUACUCCUUCCCAAAAGACAGGGAGAUACGGUGAACUACAUCAAAACCGCAUAUGGGGUCAGCUGCGAAAUGACUGAGGGAGGAAAAGAUGCGCUCAAGGUCCUUGACUCUUUGGAAGAUAUUCGCGUUGAGCUCGGAAAUACUACGACCCUCCCAGAGACUCUUCGUGUAGAAGGAAAAGAGGCGAAUACUCUAAGAGGCUACAUCUCUGAAGACUGCGGCUGGGCCAAUGCUGGAGCUAGCAUUGAGUGGCUUCGACAACAAGUCAUCCGCCUUGGUCGAGUGGAAUUCCGUGUUGGUCAUGUUGAAACCCUUCUUGUAUCGGACGACGGUACACAGAUCCAAGGCGUCAAGCUACAAGAUGGAUCGACCGUGCAUGCAGAUCUCACAAUUGUUGCUGCUGGGAGUCAGACGUCACACAUUCUGGGGAUCCCGAAGCUCUGCGACGUCUACAGCGAAGUAGCUGCUUACAUUCAGCUGUCCGAAGAUGAAAGCAAGGAACUAAAACGAAGAAACUGGCCCUUGAUUGUUAAUGCCCACCGUGGUGUAUUUGCCGUCGGUCCAGAUCACGACAAUUGCAUCAAGCUCGGCCACUUCUCCUACAGCGGCAUGGCAGAUGUCCUGAAAGAUGCAGGCAUCCAAGUCAAGACUCGUGUCGACCCAUCCGGCCGCACACCUGCGCAGUUAUGGGAAGAAGAUCCCAAGUACGGCUUCGGGGGAGACGUCACAAUCUCAGAACUCGGCGACGUUGUGGACUACGAGGAGGACAAGAUGCUCAAGACGCUGGCUGAUUUCCGUCUUUUCCUUCUUGAGCUUUUGGGGCCCUCUGGUCUUGAGGGCAUCAAUACUCUUGACCAUGCGCAGUGCGAUGUCAUCCUGAAUAAUAUUGCUAAUCGACCUUUCACGAGGGUACGCAAGUGUUGGUACAACGACACCCCGACACUCAACUUCAUCGUGGACUACCACCCAUCGUAUGGGAAGAGUUUGUUUGUUGCUACGGGUGGUUGUGACCAUGCUUUCAAGUUUCUUCCUAUUAUUGGUGAGAAGGUGAUUGCGUUGGCGUUGCAUCAUCGUGGAGUGGAAUCGUCGUCGUUGGGUGAGGCAACGCCGUCGCUGGAUGAUUUGGUUGAGUUGUGGAAGUUUCCGGCAGAACUCGUGAAGUAA